UCUAUCCCAACUGGAGUUCUGAACCGUCUUAUGAAUCUCGAAGUUCGCCGCGGAGCUGGAGUGCUGAUGAACAAACGACGUCUUGGUCCUGAGCUCGCCAGACGUUUGUGUAUUUUAUUCACCUCCAGAGAUCCUUUUGAAAUUGUUGAUUAG